UAUUGACUGCAAACCCAAAGAAAUGUCUUACUGCUUGAAUUGGAUAGAUCAGAUAAAUAAAAGAAAACGACAGCAUGAUGAGCUAAACAAUUUACCUGAUGUUCUGGAGUCAAAUUUUGCAUAUCAAGUUCUUAUGGAAAGCACAGAGGAGAUCAAGGAAUAUUUUUCUGAUGAUUUUUCCAAAAUUGCAAGCAAGCUGCUUCAGAUGAAUUUGAUCAAUGAAACAGAGAGGAGCGCUAUAACUGAUAGAAAUACUGGGUGGAAUAAGUAUCAGCGAAUGGAAGAAUUAAUGGAACGUGUUAAAGUUGCAGUUAAAAUUAAUAAGGAGCCUGCUUUUUUAUUGUUCUUAAAUAUCUUAAAUGAGAAAGGUACUCAACCUGCUCAGGAAUUUGCUCGAAAACUCAUGGAAAGAUAUAAAGAUAAAUUCUCUGAUGCUCAUUUGGAUCCAUUGUCAAAAAGAGUCAAACAGUAUGAAAAUUAGAUGUUUUAA